AUGGUGGUGGUGGAGUCCAAAAUCGACUGCGUCCUUAAACUAUCUCGCGGUGAGGCUGAUCUCGGUGUAUUAUCUGAAGAGGAGGUGGCCCUAAUCCCGCAGCAUGCUUCCUGUAUAGACUUCAUAAUCGUGGGCUCCAUCAGAAAUGACUCAAGGAGCGGAUCGAAUGUCUGUUCAUAUGACUCCACCAACAAAUACUAUGGCAACGCAGGUGCAGUGGCCUGUUUAGCUGAUCCAGACAGUGAUGUAGCGUUCGUGGAAUUGGAGAAUAUCGAUGCUGAUCUACAAGCGGCGGGUCUUCAAGCAUCACAAAUUCGACUUCUCUGUCGCAACAAUACCUUGGCUUUGUCAACUGGUGUUUGUCUCCUCGCUGAUGUUGUCGACUCCGAGGUCGUGUCACGAGGAAAUGACUCACUCCUCAAAAGCUUGAACGCUCUCCUGGACACUCUAGACCCUUUGGAUAAAAUGCAGCCACACCCAAUUUGUCGAUUUAUCUAGUUAUAUAUAUUUUAUUUUUAUUCAUUCAUAAAUAAGAUAAACAAAUCGGGUCAAAGUAGUCAAUA